AUGUCUCAUGCCGACUGGAGAAGGGUCCUGGACGUAAACGUUGACGGUACUUUUCUCACCUGUCGUGAGUGGCUGCGUGGGAUCAGAGACUAUGCAACACAAGAAAAGAACUUAUCGGCAGUCGUCUUUGGGAGCGAGGCUGGACGCUUCGGGGUGCCACAUUGUGCUCCAUAUGCUGCGAGCAAAGCGGCCAUUCAGAUAGGCCUUCUGAGAUCCCUUGCGCGGGACGCAGUUGAUAUCAGACCGGAUAUCCGAGUCAAUGCAAUUGCUCCAGGUCCCAUUCAGACGGAACAAUACCUGAAGGAGUGUGAAGAAGAUAGAGCAGCGCAAUGGAGAGAAGCAAAAGCCACGGUCGCCCUCCGGAAGCCAGUAUCAGUAGAAGCGGUCGCAAAGGUGUGUCUCUUCUUGACCAGCGACAACUUUGCAAGUAACAUCACCAGCCAGUGCAUUCCGGUUGACUCGGAGAAGCAGGAAAACCUCCUUUGGCCACCCCAGUUCACUACUUAA